AUUCUUUCUUAUCUUAAUAUACACGCAAAGGAAAGGGAAAUUUUUUUUUGAGGAAGCGCAGCAGCAGCAGCUAUACCACGUUGCUUGAAGAAACUGAUAAAAAGCGCUGCCGUUGUGUCUUUCAGUCUUCGUUGGAUCAUCUUCACAAUCACAUCAUCAGAACACAAAGAAGAGAAGAGACCCUUCAUCUUGUUAUUCCACUCGGGCUAGGCCAAUUUUCCCUCUAACAGUCAAUUUUCAUUCAGAUUCGUAAAUUUCUCGAUUAGAUCACGAGGUGUUGGUGUGAUUGUUUGUACCUUCUGGUGGUGGAGCUUGUUGGAAAUUGGAGAUGAGUCAGAGGGGUUUAAUAUAUAGCUUUGUUGCCAAAGGAACUGUUGUUUUAGCAGAGCACACGCAAUAUACGGGGAAUUUCAGUACCAUUGCUGUUCAGUGCCUGCAGAAACUGCCUUCAAAUAGCAGCAAAUACACAUAUUCCUGUGAUGGUCACACCUUUAAUUUCCUCCUAGACACUGGAUUUGUUUUCCUUGUUGUUGCUGAUGAAUCGGCUGGUAGGAGUGUUCCUUUUGUAUUUCUUGAACGGGUGAAGGAUGACUUUAUGAAGCGCUAUGGUGCUAGCAUUAAGAAUGAAGGUGCCCAUCCACUCGCCGAUGAUGAUGACGAUGACGAUUUGUUUGAGGACAGAUUUAGCAUAGCAUAUAAUCUUGAUAGAGAAUUUGGACCAGCACUCAAGGAGCAUAUGCAGUAUUGCAUGAACCAUCCAGAAGAAAUGAGUAAACUAUCAAAAUUGAAGGCUCAAAUAACUGAGGUCAAGGGGAUAAUGAUGGACAAUAUUGAGAAGGUUUUGGAUCGUGGGGAGAAGAUUGAACUGUUGGUGGACAAAACGGAAAACUUGCAGUUCCAGGCUGACAGCUUCCAGAGGCAGGGCAGGCAGCUGAGAAGGAAGAUGUGGCUGCAGAAUCUCCAAAUGAAGCUGAUGGUGGGAGGAGGAAUCCUUAUCUUAAUUAUAAUUCUGUGGGUUAUUGCUUGUCGGGGUUUCAAAUGUUGAUAGAGCCAUAAGAAGUUUAAGCCUGUAUAAGGCAAGAGAUGCUCAAAAUGAUAUACUACGUGUACAUGAAAUUUGGCACUGGAAUUUAUGAUCACUGUCAUAGACUGUAAUUAACCUUGUGGUGAGCUGCUAGUUAUUUUGAACCAAGCUCUUAAUUUAGAUGACAUAUCUCGAAUUCUGGAUUGGUUGUGUAUAUCAUGACAAUGUUUUUACCAUUAUAUAGACUAUUGCCACUU